AUAUUUCUGAAUCUUCUUUAUCACAAUCUUCAUCUCAAUCUGUAUCACCCCAUAAAAUAAUUGUUCAUUCAUCAUAUGGACCUAUGGAUAAUUAUAUUUUAUCAGAUCGUCAUUUACUUGAAGGAAAAAUAUUAAAAAAAACAGUAGAAAAUUCAUACGAAUUAAUGGAAAGUGCUCUUAGAGAAGAUCCAGUUGAUAUAAUAUUAACAUUUGAUGAAUAG